AUGUCCGGCCCAGGCGGGGCCCCGAGCCCUGCUCCUCGCAGUGGGAGCAUGGGACCAGGUUCUAAUGGUACUGGCAUGUCGAUGGCUUCACAGCAGCCCUUGUCUGGUACGCCCGUUCAUCAGCCUUCCACGCCGGGACCAGGACCGUCUGCUCCACCCAGCGGUGCCAUGUCGCAACAGAACUUGAAUCAAAUUGUCAUCGAUUACCUUGCAAAGAAGGGAUACAGCCGCACCGAAGCCAUGCUGCGAAUGGAAUCUGCCAAUCAGGAGAUCGAUGGGCGUCCCCUUCCCCAGCUGGGAGAAGACUCUCGCCCCAAGACCCGACAAGGAUUUGAUUUGUUGAAGAACUGGGUUGAGGAAAACCUCGAUCUGUACAAGCCUGAGUUGCGUCGCGUUUUGUGGCCGCUCUUCGUCUACUCGUUCUUCAACAUGGUUACAUCCUUCUACCCGCAAGAUGCCAAGAACUUUUUCGAGGCCAACAAGAACAUGUUCCUGCCUGAGCACACGGAUGAUAUCCGCCACUUCGAGCCUAUCAGCUUGCCAGAGCAUUUGCAGGACAACAGUGUUGCCAAACUCUACCGUAGCAACAAGUACCGCGUCGUUCUGAGCAACCCCGCAUACACAAACCUGCUUCAGUUCCUGGAGAGCAAGGACAAGGAGGGCGGCUCCGUGAUGAAUGCAAUUCUCAGCAGCUUCUGCUCCGUGAAGACCAUGGACCGUGCCGCCGAUGAUCGAUUCAGCUUUGCUUCUAUGUUGAACCAGAUGGCCCCUGGACAGAGCUCACCUGCCGAGGAUGAAGGUAUCCCUGGUCACCACCCUGGUUCCGCUUACACCGGUGACAACCCUGCUAUGGCCGGAACACUUCCGCGUCUGAGGCUCGGAAAGCUUCCAAUGGAACAGACACUGGAGGAAGAUGUGCGCGCCGAACUUGCAGAGGUGGAUGCGAAAGAACCUCCCGUCGCUGGCCGCAAUACACUUUCCCAGGAGUUCGAACAAAUGAUCAAAAAGGAGGAUGAGGAUGAAGCCCCCUCUCGUGCUGAUAUCCCAUUCCCGCCUUCGAUUGCCCGUGACGUUGAAGUUGAGGUCAGACGGGUUAUGGAGCACCGUGAUCGCUUCGAGAUCAAGGGUCGCACGGGUGGUGUAGGCCCUGGCGUCAGUGUUUGCAUGUUCACGUUCCACAACACUUUGGACAACAUCAAUUGCAUGGACUUUUCUGACGACAACCAGCUCGUCGCUUGCGGCUUUGCCCAAUCCUACAUUCGUGUCUGGAGUCUUGAUGGCAAGAACAUUCAAGGUGCCCUCCCGGAAAUUGACGACUUGCCGCCCGCCAACUCUCGCCGUCUGAUCGGCCACUCAGGUCCUGUCUACGCAGUCGCUUUCCCUCCCUGCGCUUCUGCUCGCGAGAAUGUCCCAGAAAGAGAUGCUGUUCCUACCAAUGCUCGCUGGCUGCUUUCUUCGUCUGCGGACAAGACUGUUCGUCUCUGGUCUCUGGACACUUGGCAGUGCAUGGUUGUUUACAAGGGCCAUGACCGCCCCAUCUGGGAUCUCCGCUGGGGACCUUUCGGACAAUACUUUGUGACCGGUGGAUCGGACCGUACUGCCCGCUUGUGGGUGACCGACCACAUUCGUCAGCAGCGUAUCUUUGUCGGUCAUGACCAGGAUGUGGACUGCGUCUGUUUCCACCCCAACUCGGCUUAUGUCUUCACCGCCAGUUCCGACCACACUGUCCGCAUGUGGGCUGUCACUACUGGCAAUGCCGUCCGUAUGUUCACUGGCCACGCUGGCAAUGUUACUUCCAUGGAGUGCAGCCGCGAUGGCAAGCUCUUGGCAACUGCCGAUGACCAGGGUACUAUUAUUCUCUGGGACCUCGCUCCUGGCCGACUCUUGAAGCGCAUGCGUGGCCACGGAAAGGGUGGUAUCUGGUCUGUCAGCUGGAGUGUUGAGUCUACUGUCCUUGUAUCCGGUGGAGCUGAUGGCACCGUUCGUGUCUGGGAUGUUGCUGAAUCCCAGGAAAACACCCAGGGUCGCGUGAUCGGCGAAGGUGGCGCUGGUUCCAAGAUGGAUGCUGGCUCUACUUCCACCACUCAGAACAAGAAAAAGAAGGGCAAGGAUGUUGUCGUCACUGCCGAUCAGAUCAGCGCUUUCCCGACCAAGAAGAGUCCUGUCUACAAAGUCAAGUUCACCAACAUGAACUUGGUCAUUGCGGGGGGUGCCUAUCUUCCCCUGUAG